CCUGAAGGCUUGUAUCCGGUCCACUCACUUUGUGUUGUGUGCCCAGCCUUUAUCUUCGUAAACGUAGCAUUUUCAGUUAUUAGUUGCUAGUUGGCCCUUACAGCUAAGUUUUGUGUCUUGGAUCAAUCGGCUUGGCCUGGUGAAAGAGUCCUUGUCCUGAUCCUCUUUGUGCAUGUACAUCCGAGUAAACUUGCUGUUUGUCAGGGUUCGAGAUGGACAACGAGCCACAGUCCGGAGACGGCACGGACCGGUCCGACCUGGUCUCUGAGGACGGCAAGAACAGCAAGUCUGUGUUGUGUCAACGCUGUGGGUCCAAGGUGCUGUGUCCAGGGAUGGCCGUGUUUGCAGAGAAGGAGCUGUUCCUGCCAUCCAUGCGGAAAAAGAGCGGCCUCAGCAAGACAGACGGCUCAGUAGACGGUGACACUCUGACUGCCCACUGGUUAGUGGACGACAUGUACACUUUUGAGAAUGUGGGCUUCACUAACGACGUGGGGAGAAUCAAGUAUCUCAUCUGUGCAGAUUGUGAGAUUGGACCAAUCGGCUGGCACUGCUUGGAUGACAAGAAGAGCUUCUACGUUGCGUUGGAGAGAGUGAAUCAUGCGUAGUAUCGAUGCAUAUGUGAGCCCACAAGAACUUUAAAAAAAGUGUUGGCUGGCUAUGUGUUGUUUCAUGGAUUUACUGUCAGAGUUUACCCCAACUAUAUCCAUAACACACACAUUUACAAAUACUGUUAUGUGUAUGCGUUUGUGGUAACGGAAUUGUGUUGCUUUCAUUCUCAUCUAUCACACUGACAACAGUACAAUUAUCCUGUUCUAUUAAAAACACGUUUGGGAUGCUGAUGUUGAAUGCCAUCCUUUCAGCUGCCUCCUGGAUAAAAUGAAAAUGUU